CCGACGAACAGUGCCUCAACACGUUGCAUAACACCGUGUUCCACACUUCCAUCAAACCAAGUUUCGACGCAUCCACAAACUCCCAAAGCUUCCAACUCUCUCUCUCUCUAAACUCAUUUCACUGUUCAGUCAAAACCCUCUCUCUCUGUGUGAUUAAACUGCCCUUUGUGGAUCAUCAAAAGGUAGGCUUUAAAAAGCCCAAGCUGUUAUUUAUUUAUUUGUUUUAAAUUUUUUUGUUAUCUGGGAAAUUCUAGGUUCAAUAACUUGGUAUUUCCUUGUGUAAAUAUGCUUAAAUAAAUGUAGUAUUUUGGAGAGAGAGAGAAGUUUGAAUCUUGUUUGGUGUAUAUAUAUGGUUUCCAGAGUUUUUUAGCUUAUGACUAAUAUGAAAUAUAGAUGGAGGAGGCAUGGAGUUGUUGUAAGAGAGUCUAAUCUUUUCUGGAUUUUGUGGAAUUUUUGUCACUUUUUCUGAUGACCCUUUUGUUUGAUUGGUAAUAUAAUGGAAGGAAAAUAGGAUUUGGGUUUGUAAUUUUUUUUAAUGAUAUUUUGGUUGCUUUGUUGCUGAUGAUGGAAAAGUAAACUCAUUCAAGUUAAGUAGUUGUGUACGGCUUGGUGCAGUUUGGUUCUUUGUUUUCUUGAUUGUAAAAAUUCAAAAUUUUAGUUUGUUUUCUAUUCCUACUUUCUGUGAGCAUUGAGAAAGAGGUUUAAGGUUUUGGGGUUAAGUUUGGGAAAAAUGGACAGUUCAGGUUUGGGAGGUGGGUUUUUGUCUGGUCCGAAUGGGGCAAUAUUAGACCUUGAAUCGUCAAUUCAUAGACACCCACAGACCCAAUUGGGUCAUCCUUUGUUAAGACAUCAAAAUCACGUGAAUGUGAUGAGUGGCCUUGAAUGUGACCACCACCCCAUUGGACUUAUGGAAGAGAAAAGCUCAAUUUUGAAAGGUAUUUCGAUGAAUUUUAGCAAAGGGAAGGCAGUUGCCCCCAUUAAUAUCUCCAGUUGUAACAAUAUGAGUGAAGAAGAUGAGCCGAGUUUUGCGGAAGAUGGGAAUGGUGAUAAUGAUGGGGGGAAACGGGGGUCACCAUGGCAGCGAAUGAAAUGGACAGAUAAUGUGGUUAGGCUUCUUAUAGCUGUAGUUGCUUGUGUGGGUGAUGAUGGUACACUUGAGGGUGGUGAGGGGCAUAAGAGGAAAUCGGGGAGUUUACAGAAGAAGGGUAAGUGGAAAACAGUAUCAAAGAUAAUGAUAAGCAAGGGUUGUCAUGUUUCCCCACAGCAGUGUGAGGACAAGUUUAAUGACUUGAACAAGAGAUACAAGAGGUUGAAUGAUAUUCUUGGUAGGGGAACUAGCUGUAGAGUGGUGGAGAACCCUGCUCUUAUGGAUUCCAUGCCUCAUCUCACAGCAAAGGCGAAGGAAGAUGUUAGAAAGAUAUUGAGCUCAAAGCACUUGUUUUAUAAAGAAAUGUGUGCAUACCAUAAUGGGCAGAGGAUUCCAAAUUGCCAGGAUCUUGAUCUACAAGGCCAUUCCCAGCCUCUUGGGAGUUGCUCAAAAGACAAUAAUGGGUCAGACAAGGAAGAAGCUGAGGAAAAUAAUGACAGUGAUGAUGAUGAAAUGGAUAAUGAAGAUGAUAUUAAUGCUGAAGGAGAUGGGGAGAGGAUGGGAGAAUUCAGUGGGAGGGCAAAGGUGAGUGAAGAGGAGUGCCAUUUCUGGUCACAAUCUGUUGAGCUUGAUAGUUUUGAAGCUGAAAUGGCUGGGAUUUUCCAAGACCCUACAAAGUCAUUAUGGGAGCGAAGAGAGUGGAUUAAGAGACAGAUGUUACAACUUCAAGAACAAAAAGUCAGCUUCCAGGCUCAAGCUCUUGAGCUUGAGAAACAGCAUUUUAAGUGGCUUAGAUACUGCAGCAAGAAAGACUGGGAGUUGGAAAGGAUGAGGCUGGAGAAUGAUAGAAUGAAACUAGAGAAUGAGCGCAUGGUAUUGCUACUGAGGGAGAAGGAGCUGGAGAUAGAUUUCAGGAGAUCAGAAGCAUCCAUAGACCCUACUUCUGUUGGCAUUGACAGACUGCAAGGAAGAGAUCAGAUUGACUUGGGCAGGCAUGAAUAGCUUUUUGCAAAAGGGCUACAAAUCAUAAAUGACUUCCUUCUAAAGCCUUCUGCAACAGAACUUUCACAACUUAAUGCAUCAUAAGCAAACUAACCUUAUGAGAUACUUGUAUUGCUUUAGAUAAAUUUUAGAAAUUAUUGAUAUUAUCUUUUAUGUUGGCCUUUUUGAUGUAAAGUUGAAAUGCAAGUCAGGUAGCCUUUUUUCACAUAAAUUUCUCUUGUUAUUCAGAACAUGUAAUUGCAUGUGAUUUAAAGUGAUAAUAUUAUUUAGUCUUCUGGCUUA